AUGAGAUGCCCCGGCCAAGGGUCAUUUUCAGGGGUUCCCUUAUACAAUCCUUGGGCUUAUGCAAAAUGCAGGUUUAUUGGGAUUCUUGAAGGAGUGUGGAUCCACCGCUGGGGUCUCGGGCUCAUUAAGGUGUUAGCCGACAAUGUUGGAAUACCUUGCAGGCUUGUAAAGGGUAGUCACUACACCGGUGUUGAGGAUGAUGCUGUCAACAUUAUAAAGCUGGUGAAUGAAAGUGAGUGUUUGGUUGACCUCAUGGGAGCCCCCGGGACACUUAUACCGGCAGAUAUUCUGAGUGCAAAGGAUAAUUCUUUUAUGUCAUACAAUCCUAAAAUAAAUAAAAUUCCGAGCCUUCAGACAGCUAAUGAUUUUGGAGUUGUUUCGUCAAGACCAAAUCUGUUACCUGGUGAGUAUGGAGGCAGUUGUCAAAAUUCUGCAGCAGGAAACCGUUUUCCCUUUGGUAGAAAGCCAAGCCCUGAGAAGUCAGAAUCUUUGCCUCCACUCACAAGUGCAAGUGGUGACACAGGGGUUGGUUCUUCUGGAUCUACUAGUCGACUUCCUUCUGCUAAUCAGUUGGAUCAUAUCCCCUCACUCGUAAUAGGGACUUCUCAGUAUAAGGGGGGUCGUGGGCCCAAGGCAACUGGUGAUGGCUUGAGGAUGAAUGUUAAUGUAGUUCCAUAUAGCGAGAGUAAUGCAGAGGACACUAAGAAUCUUUUUGCUGAUCUUAAUCCAUUCCAAAUAAAAGGAUCUGGCAAGGCUUUGAUGCAGAACAAUAUUGCCGGGAAUUUAGGGGAUGGAUUUCAAAGGCCAAAGAAUAACCUUCCCUCUGGUCGACCUCCUGUACCAUUAAUGUGGAAGAAUCGUUAUGCAUGCAAUGAGGUCCCUAGGAAAAAUGAGCAUGGCUUUGUGGAGGGCAUUUCUCCAAACAAGAAUCAAGAAGCCAAUGAUUACAAUAUGUCAUCAGUGGCUUCUAGCAGCUCUACCAUCUCGGAUAAAGUCUACCAUGAUGGGUACAAGUUACCUGACAGAUUUUCGCACACCCAUGCGGAGAAUGGUGACAGGGAUGGGGAUGUUCUGCUAAAACAAGAGUUAGAAAUUAAAGAACAUGGAAAGAAUGCCAUUAGCCGACAUGAUCAAGGAAGGUUCAUGCAAGAUAAAGUUAUCGGGACCAAUAUGAAAUUGAAAGAUCCAGAAAGUCCUAGCUCGUCAGUAGAUCAUAGUGGUGCUCAGGGUGAUCCAAUGAUAGAUGAUGUCAGCAAAUGUGAAAUUCCAUGGGAACAUCUGGUAAUUGGUGAAAGGAUUGGACUAGGCUCAUAUGGAGAGGUCUACCAUGCGGACUGGAAUGGCACAGUGAGUUCUUCUUUCUACUAGUAUUAUUAGAAUUGUUCUUAUCAUCAUUGUCACCAUCGGCAUUUUCAUUAUUAAUAUCCACACGGUCUAUUCAAUCCUCUGAUUUAUCGGUAGGUAGCUGCCCUAAAUCAGAGCUAUAGAAAAUGGUCUUUCUUUGAAGCUACCUAAACAAACUUCCUUUCUCAGUUGGAGGAGUGCACUUCCCA